AUGUCAAUAUCUAGGCUCAUUUUAGGUUUGGAAAAAUUCGCAACCAUUGGGCGCAGAGCGGUUAGAUUUUGUGAAAAAAAAACAAUGGAAAAAUCUGACAGUUUCAAUGUUUGUUUGGAUGAUGUAAAGACACCUGCUCUACCUGAAGAUAUUCUAAAUUACUAUGAUUUAGACAAGGUUUAUAGGUUCAUGGAUGACAAAGGAUAUUCCGGUAAAAUAAAUAGUGCAAAUGACAUUGAAUAUAAUUAUUUGUUGAGACAUAGCAUAUCAUAUCUCUUGAAGUUGAAGUAUGAAUAUAUAGAUGGCUCUAUUAACGGAUGUACGAACAAUAAACCGGGUAAUUCUGCUCUAACUACUUUAUUUGACUGCGAUUUUAGACUAGUAUAUUCUCCACCUUAUGGAGAUAGAAAACAUAUACAUAUUGAUGAUGUUAGUGUAUAUAAUUUGUAUAUGUCAUUGAUAGACAUAGUAAAUCGGAUUCUACAAAAUCCUGAUGAUUUAAAUUUAUAUUCAGCUUUGAAGAAAUGUUCUAACAAUAUAAAUCAUUAUUUUUUGGAGGAGAAUAUGAGUGAGGACCUGAUAUCUGAAAUAAUUUCGCACUACACUAAUAUAGGCGCAAUAAUUAUGGAAACUGCUGGAAAAGCUGAAGACAUAGAAUCCCUAUUGAAGAGCUGUAGAUUAGUACAUAAACAAAAAUUAGUGAAUGCUGACAGAUCAGAUCAUGACAUAGGAUUUUCCUUUUCUCCAUGCGGAUUUAUGAUACCUUACCAUGUAGGAGUGUUGAAUUUACUUAGCGAGCUUAACAUAGUUAAUAUGACUACACCACUAUCAGGAGCAUCGUCUGGAUCCAUAUCUAUAGUGUCAUUGUCAUUACUCAACGAUUUUCCAUUCUUAAUGAAUUUGAUCGAAGAAUUGUCUAAUGACGCCCUUAUACAUGGUACUCACCAUAGGUUAGACUCAUUGAUCACAAAGUUUUUUAACAAGUAUUUACAAGAGAAUUGCCAUGAAUUUAUCAACUCUAGAAUAGGAACUAUUGUUCUAGCAUAUUCUAGGCUUGGGUUUUGCCGUUUCAAACCUGUACUGGUAUCUAAAUUUUCAAAUUCAACAGAUUUGAGAGAUUGCUUGAGAGUAAGCUCUUAUAUCCCAAUCCUUUCAUCCAAAGAACUCGUAUAUUACAAUAAUAAACCCGGUUUUGAUGGACAAUUAUCACUAUCAAAGCAUUUGGGCUGCGCAAAAACUGCCGCUAAACGUACUAUAAAUACAAAUCCAUAUCCUUUCUACCUUCGUACGUUUUCCAAGCGUCUUUUAGAUAAUGAGUAUAUUUCACCACAUUUAAUGAGAAGAGACAAAUACUUGAUACACUAUAUUAGGUUCAAAUGUUUAAUUUAUCAUUUGUGGCUGCGAAAAAUUGAGCUAAACAGCAGUGAGGACUGGAUUACGGAAAUAAAAUUAUGCAUAUCACUAUAUAAGGAGCUUGUUCAUGGAAAAAGGGAAGAAUCUGAUUCCUGGUAUGGUUUGUGCGGGCUAUGGAGCAAUAAGAGUUUGUUAAAUUUAUUCUCCAUAGUGGUAAAAUCUGAGGUAUCUUUAGAUGUUGAGAAAAACUCUGCCAAAAGAAUUAAGCGUAACAUCUCCAGAAUGGAUAUUUCCAAAAAAUUUACAACAACAAAGUUAAAAUUUUCUAGGACAAAAUUUAAUGCAUCGCCGAUAACACUACUAGAUUGGUUAGAGUCGCAAAAACAAUCAGAUAAUGUGCCUAGCGCAACAUCAGAUCCACUUGUUGCAACAAAGAUAAGUUCGUUGUAUAAUUUGUUGUAUACCAUUACACCACCAAUGUCUCUUAAAUAUCAAUAUAUUAGCUCUAGUAAGCUCCUUCAUAACAACAUUAAGCUGCACAAACUCUUGAACAUCUCACUAUACUCUACUGAAAAAUCAAACUUGCGUUUUUUUUAUGAUCUUGGCAAAACUGACGCGUUCCGAUGGAUUAUACACGAUUACAUCGCAUUUGAAAAUUGGAUAUAUCUGAAAAUAAAGUGCUUGGAAGGUGGUAAUGUUCAUAAUGAACAGCCUCUCAAUGCGUCUAGUUCCUCUUCCAUCAAUCAAAAACAGACGAAUUUGGUACACGAAAUGCUAAACCUCAUAUCUAUAAGCACUUUUAAUCUUGCAAAAUCACUUAAAACCCGUUUAAACACUAAAGAAAUGGAUUUUUUUAAGAUACAGAAUAAUGCAGUUAAAUCAGUUAUUCUCUCCGAUUGUGUAGAUUCGCGUUACACUCACAUUUUGGGUCAUAUACACUUUUGGGUUUACAACUCGUAUUAAUCAUACGCCAUCAUAUCUAAAUAAGUUGGAAUUU